AUACUCACGGUCAAAGGCAACGUCGGCAAUGCCAAAACUGCUGGUCUGACUAAAGAUUUAAACCUAACCAGUCUUCAGUUUUCUUGGGUCUUGUACUCCUUCUACCUCUGCUAUGUUGCGUUUGAAUGGACAACUAUUCUAUGGAAGAUAUGGCCUGCUCAUAUCUUUAUAGCUGUUCUGUGUAUUUGUUGGGGCGUUGCUGCCAUGUGCAGUGGUGCAGUUCACAACAUGGCCGAGCUAAUUGUCACUCGAUGCUUUCUGGGAGCAUUCGAGGCUGCGUUUGGGGCGGGCGCUCCGUAUUAUCUCUCACUUUUCUAUCAUCGACGAGAACUAGGAUUGCGUGUGUCGCUUCUAUUGGGUACAUCGCCCUUGGCGAAUUGCUUCGCCAGCGCUCUGGCAUACGGCAUAACCCAGAUCAGGCAUUCACUAUCUCCUUGGCGUCUUCUUUUUAUUAUUGAAGGCGCUCCAACUAUCCUCUUUUCCGUUGUGGUAUUUUUCUUUCUCCCCGACUCCCCCGAAAACGCAAAGUUUCUCAAUCCAGACGAGCAAACAGAAGCCGUGGAACGACUGCAAGUAAUUGAUCAAACAGAAAGGAGGCAAGUAUCAUGGAGCCAAUACCUGAGCGGUUUAACGGACUACAAAAACUACGUGCACAUGGCGAUACACUUUUGCUGUAACUACUCCUUUGCAGGGCUAUCCAACUUCUUGCCAACCAUUAUUCAGGAAAUGGGCUACGAAAGCGUCAAAGCCCAGGGCCUAACAGCUCCUCCAUAUCUAGCAUCGUUUCUAUGCUGCGUCGGGGCUGCAUUAGUCUCUGAUCGAUGGGGUUCACGGGGCUAUAUCAUCAGCGCAUUCGCCGGUCUGGGGACAAUAGGGUACAUUCUCUUGGUCAGUGUGCACGACGAGGCACAAACCGGUCCUCGAUACUUGGGUAUCUGGCUCGCUACGUGCGGUAUAUUCCCAGCGUUGGCGAUCAAUAUCACAUGGCUGCUAAACAACCAAGGUGGAGACUCGAAAAGGGGAAGUGGGAUGGCCAUUCUGGCUAUCCUUGGACAAUGCUCUAGCUUCCGGGCGUACCGAGCAUGUCUCCCCUGCCGAGAGCGCAAGGUCAAGUGCCAAAUGAGGGAUGACGACGGACCUGCACCAUGCGCAAGAUGCAACAAGCAGGGUCUGGACUGCGUGUUCUCGGAAAAGCUGCCCUGGUCACGAGAGAAGAAAGGAAGGCCAGACCCUCGAUCUACUGCCGAGGGACAACGAGGGUUCCCGUUUGACGACGAUGCUUCUAACUCCGUCUCGGUGAAUGAUAUCGACGGAGCAGAUGACCUCCACAAUUCAGUGCUACAUACAAUGGUGUCGAGUGAGAAUGACGCCUUGAAUAUCUUGUUUGAGGCAGCUGCUCGUUCCGAUCCUGUAGAUGCUUAUACCUCCGUCUCGAGAACUAGUAUCAACGGGAUUACCAAUACGCAGGAAUCGCCAAACUCGGUUGAGUCUGCUCCUCAGCUGGUCAAUAUUAACUCUGCCAAUUUUGACGUGCUUCAUAUCUGGAAUGCUUGUCGAUUUGUCAAGAUGGGCUGGUUCACAGCCCGCGAAGCAAUGACACUGGUUGACCUAUUCUUCACCAACAUGUCACAUUUAUCUCCCAUACUAACGGAUUUCUACAAAACUCACUCUAAUCAAUAUUGGCUUGUUACGCAAGAGCCUUUACUAUGCUGCACUAUCCUAACCAUCUCCUCCCGAUACCAUGUCCUUCCCGGGCCCGGGGGCAGAACUCGCAGUCUCUUUAUCCACCAGAGACUAUGGCAGCACUGCCAGCAUUUGCUGCUUCGCUUAAUGCUAGGGCAGGAAAAGGCCUCCAAAGCCAAGAUCAGAAACGUUGGAACUGUAGAGGCCCUUUUGUUACUUGUCGAAUGGUAUCCACUCUCUAUUCACUUCCCACCGGAUAACGAUGGCUGGGACUCGGACGUACUUUUGACAAUGCCAGACGCGCGUGAUCCGCCACUGAUAGCUGAUAUUCCUGCAUCAGAGCGCUGGAAGCGAGAUAUUAUCGAGCCCACAAAACGGUCUGAGCAAAUGUCGUGGAUGGUCUUGAGCUCUGCUCUAGCCCUGUCUCAUGAACUGGGGAUAUUUGACGAUACGAAGAAUACUUCACCGCGUCAAUACCUCAGCAGCAGCAGUAUUAUUGCUGAAGGCGCUCAGUCGGAUGCCAAGGCAUACACCGAGCACUUAAAGAUUCGGCAAAGGAGACUUCCUAAGCUCUUGUUUUGUUUCAUAAACUUAAUGUCUUCUCGACUGGGGUGUACUUCGUUCAUGUCGCCCUUUACUAGUAGCACACUAUUUGAAUCAGACGAGGCUCUCGGUGGAAGCCAUGAUCCGGAGUGGCAACUAUUUAUGGGUCAGUGGACGGAGUUGACGAAAUUGAUAAAGAGCACUACUGACACCUUGUUUCCUCUUAUGACUGCUGAGAACGAAGAGGAAUUUCAGACUUGUCUCAAGGAGAAGCAAGAUAUGCUCUCGCGGUGGUACGUUGCCGCUUUUUCAGGUGGCUCCACUGGCUAUGAAGAUGUCUUGUUCAUAGAAUACCACCAUCUGCGCGUGCUCAUAAACUCGACGGGAAUGCAGCGCAUCAUCAAAAACCGCUCUCAAUCUCAUAGCCCCGAUUUCCACCAGCCAUUUCAGCUAGAGCACAGAUAUGGAUUCGUCGAAGACGUAAUCAACGGCUGCUGCCACAUCCUCGAAAGAAUAAUCCACAAUCGCGUAGCAAGCGAGACAACAGCUACAGCAACAACAACAAGCACACUUCGUUUCGCUCCAUUUCGCAUGUUUUCCCGCAUGAUAAGUGCGUCCAUCUUCCUUCUCAAGGCUCUCGCUCUAGGUGCGUCAAAAGUAAAGCUGAUCGAGUCGUUACAUAUCCUGGAUCGGGCGAUUUUGGCGUUACAUAGUAGCAAUCUUGACGAGGUGCAUCUGGCAGAGCAGUAUGCAGAGUUGCUCAGGAUUCAAGUUUCGGCGCUGCGUACAAGUUUUGAGUCUUCGGCGUUGUUUCUGUCGAGCAAGAAGAAGGAAACAACACACAGUUCGCAGGGGCAUUGCAGUGGUGAUUUGGCUCGAGAACCUGCAGGCCAAUUUCUCUCAUCGCACCAGCAGCAGAAGAACAUGCAUUCUCAUGUCCCGUCCAGCUUCUGUGAAGGGGACAAUGUUCUUCCAGCCGGUUUCCAUAAUCAACAUCAACCAGACAGCGCCGGGACAGAUUCUGUUGAACUCAAUCAUACCCCUGUGGAAACAACUGUAACUGCAACGACAGGUACUAUCUGGGAGAAUAAUCUCGACGAGUGGUUCUCGCUCCCGUUUGAUCCGUCCAUGGCUCCGUUUAUAGGCUGGGACGAGCAGUCGCAAUCGUGCUUGUCGCCUUUGAAUCCGUCGUGGUUGGAUGUGGAUUUUAUUUGGAAUUUGGCGCCAUGA